CCGCCUCGUCGGCCAGCAGGCGAGAGCCGAGCUGGCUUCUAUGACCCCGGACCGCGCGGCGGAGCGUGCAGCCUCAUCUCUUACAUCCCGAUGCUUCCUCGCCUUUGCAUUGUGUGACAAUGCAGGGUGUCGCGGAAGACGCGUGCUGUGUGGCGUGGUUGGGUGUCUGCUGGCUUUGGGCGCUGCCCUGCUGACCGGAACUUGGCUCGGAUGCUGCGGCUUGGGCUUGCGAUACCCUGGAUGGUCAUGCCGAGGCUGCGCUGUCAUGAUUCUAGAAUCUUGCUCAGCUGUGGGGGGGUUUGUGGUGCUUUUUAGGUUUUUGGUUGCUGCGCGUGGUAUCUACCCGGAUCUUGUUUUUGCAUCAUCGUCCUAUUCUGGAACUCUUUCUUUCAAAUUCCCACAGACUGCCCAAGCAAUCUAUUUUGCUAAUGUCCAUCACUGUCAAGCUAGAUUCAUAGCCGGAGAUAUUUGUGCUUGCGCGGAGUGGAAACAAAACCUAGUCAAUAUGUUUGUUUAUGGUGCUACAUUGGAUCAGCAAAUUGUCUGUGAAAACCACAGACUAGCACUUGAAAGACGACUUGAAAACAAAUAUUAGGUUUCUUGCAUAUACAAAUAGGCAGUUUUAGUGUACA